AUGAUGAGCUCCAACGUCUAUUCCGUCGCGAGAGUAUACGCAGACGUCAACAAGUACAAGCCGCAGGAAUACUGGGACUACGAAGCACACAAAAUCGAGUGGGGCGACAUCCGUAACUACGAGAUCGUCAGCAAAAUAGGCAGGGGAAAGUACUCGGAAGUGUUCGAAGGUGUCAAUGUGUUGAACGAAGAGGCAUGUGUGAUCAAGGUGUUGAAGCCCGUCAAAAUGAAGAAGAUCUAUCGUGAGGUCAAGAUCCUCAAAAACCUCACGGGCGGCCCCAACGUCAUUGCUCUUCUCGACAUUGUUCGGGACCACAAGUCCAAGAUCCCGGCGUUGAUUUUCGAGCAGAUCCGCAACGUCGACUUCCGCAUUCUUUAUCCGAAGUUUACCAUCGCAGACAUCCAGUACUACUUCACCCAGCUUCUCAUUGCAUUGGACUUCUCCCAUCUGAUGGGGAUCAUGCAUCGAGACGUCAAGCCGCAGAACAUCAUGAUCGAUCCGCAGAACAAGAAAUUGCGUCUCAUUGACUGGGGCUUGGCCGAGUUCUACCAUGCUGGAAUGGACUAUAAUGUGCGUGUGGCCUCGCGGUACCACAAGGGUCCAGAGUUGUUGAUCAACCUACAACAGUACGACUACUCGCUUGACUUGUGGUCUGUGGGAUGCAUGUUGGCUGCCAUCAUCUUCAAGAAAGAGUAUUUUUUCCGCGGUGACUCCAAUAACGACCAGCUCGUCCAAAUCGCCAAGGUGUUGGGCACCAAGGACUUGAUGGCGUAUGUGGAUAAGUACGGCAUCAAGUUGAGCAGUGAGUAUGACUCGAUUCUCGGGAACUACCCCAGAAAGCCCUGGUCUUCGUUUGUCAACAAGGAGAACAAGCACUUGGUGCUGGAAGAGGUCGUGGACUUGAUCGACAAGUUGUUACAGUAUGAUCACCAGCUCCGUCCGACGGCGAAGGAGACGCUAGAGCAUUCUUUUUUCCAGACAAGUACUGAGUCCGCACGCCAGCUGUAG